AUCUGGUCAGAGCGGAUUAUGAAUGCUUUUGGACAUCAACCAUCGACCCAGCAGAGCAGCCCCAUUCAGCACCACAGCGCACAGGAGCUCCUGGACAUGGCCGUUUACUGCGACAACUACGGCGUUUACCCGCAGAAUCUGCACCAUCACCACCCUCAGAGGCCGCCGGCUCAUCCUUCCGGAUACGGCCUGGGAGAGUACACCGCCCCGUCCACCAACCCGUACCUGUGGCUGAACGGGCCGAGCCUCAACUCGUCCCCGUAUCUCUCCGGGAACAACGGCGCGUCCUACAUCCAGUCCGGUUACGGGUCGAACCAGAGGCAGUUCCUGCCGCCUCCCGCCGGGUUUGGAGGCGCAGACCUGGGGUGGCUGUCUAUAUCGAGCCAGCAGGAGCUCUUCAAGAUGGUCAGACCACCUUACUCCUACUCUGCGCUCAUCGCCAUGGCCAUACAGAACGCACAAGACAAGAAGCUGACUCUGAGUCAGAUCUAUCAGUAUGUGGCGGACAACUUUCCUUUCUACAAGAAAAGCAAAGCGGGGUGGCAGAACUCCAUCCGCCACAACUUGUCUCUGAAUGACUGCUUUAAAAAAGUGGCACGGGACGAGGACGACCCCGGUAAGGGGAACUACUGGACGCUGGACCCCAACUGUGAGAAGAUGUUCGACAACGGGAACUUCAGGCGGAAAAGAAAGAGGAGGGCAGAUCUGAGCGGCGCUGACAGCGGCGCGCUCCCCGUCAAGUCCGAGGACGGCGCGCACAAGCUCUCCGACACCGCCAGCCUGAUGAGCGCGUCCCCGCCCAGCCUGCACGGAUCCCCGGCGUCCACGGAGCCCAAGUCCUCGCCGCCCCCCUCGGCGGAGCACAGCCCCUGCUUCGGCAGCUUCAUGUCCAACGUGAACUCGCUGCUGACGGGCGGCGGCGGCGGCGGCGGCGACGCGCCCCGGGGCGCGGAGCGGGACUACGGCUCCGGACAUAUCGGGGGGUUGUCUCAGAGCAGAGAGGGCAUGUCAGGACUCGGCUCCUACUCGCCCACUUUAAUCCCCCCCCUGAACUCUGACAACAACAGAAUGAACUACUACGCAUCGGUACAGAGCCUCUCCAACCAUUUCAGUGUCAAUAACCUCAUCUACACCCGGGACGGAACAGAGGUGUAGCCUCUCUUCAAUCCACCCCUCUAGUCCCUUAUGUUGACUUCACUUUUUUCUUUAGCAUCCUGGCAGUUUUCUUCUUCCACACUUUCACUAAUCACUGGAGUUAUUUGUCACAAUAACUCUUUCAAAACUGGGGGAAAUGUGUCAGUACAUUAGAAAAAAAAAUGCUUCCAUGUUCUGUUUUAUUUUUAAUUUUUUUUUCCAUUUAGGAAACAAUUUAUUCCACAUCUUCAUAAGGAGAUCUGAUUGCUGUAUAGUUGUUCAGUUGGACCGA